AUGCAAUCAGAUCCUUACAAUUGGCCUUUUCCAAAUCGAAAUGAUCUAAUGAAUUUAUCCACUAUAAAAAAUUAAAAAAGAGACUUUGUUUAUGAUAAUCGAGCACAAUCCACCAUGUCUAUUGAAGGUAUUGAUGGCGCUGCUCCCAAAUUGAAGCCUUAUCAAUAUAUCAAUAAAGAGUAAUUUUGUAAUAGAGACGAUGAUAUCCCUGGAACCAAAUCUAGACCCUAAAUAAGAUAUACCAAUAGGUCAGAUAAUCAAUUGAUGAUUGAUGAUAUUAAAGGGACUCGACCAUAAAUCUGUAAAUUUUAGACUAAUCGAUAACCAAUUAAUCCACUCGAACCAACUUACAAAAUUCCUUCCUUUGAAUAAGCAGAACCUUAUCAAACCAAAUUUAUUAGAGACAGCUAUAAUGUCAAUGACAUCGAAGGAGCUUAGCCAUCAAUGAAUAAUCCAAGAUUGAAAAAAUAACCAAUCCCUUUGCCUGAGAUCGAAGGCUCACAUUCAAAAUAAUUACAUGUUUAAAAAGUAGAUGGAAUUAAUAAUUUCCAGGUCAAAGAUAUCAAUAAUGAUAUGCUCCAUAAAUACAUAAGAAAUACAAACCCGAUUGAACCAGUCUAUUCUCACAGGGAUGAAGAUGGCAAGAAAAUUGAAAUCGGUUUUGUUGAAGGCAGUAAAAGUAAAUAACUACAUCCUAUAACCAUCAAUAAAUUUGCAUCUUCCAUAUUAACUACCUAAGACAUUGUUGGUGCACAAGCAGGUUCUCAUUCUUAACAUUUCUUGAGAACCAAUGAUAGAAAAGAUUACAGACAGACUAAUAAUGUCUAAGACAUUGAAGGAGUACAAGCAGGAUCACUCAAAAAGGGAAUUGUAAGCAAAAGAUAUACAAAUCCCUUGAUGCCAGCCUAUUAAAUGCCAGGGAAUGCUGAAUUAUACUCCACCUAACAAAAAAGUGUAUUCUCGAAGAAUGCCAGUAAUUAAAUGUUUACCAAUGCAUAAAAAAUGGAUCAAUUUUUAGCUCAAGGUUGA